AUGAAAAACGAUAGACGACGAUGCCUAUGGCCUUUUUUUUUUUUUUUCCCAGUGUAUCAAGUAAUCAAUUUUGUGGCGAGAUAUUCUACUUGUUUCCCAUACUCUCUUAUUGCUUUCUCUUCUUUAGGACAAUGUACCUAUCUUUUUUUUUUUUUUGGGCAGAAUCAAAUGACUGUAAU